AUGGGUUCAAAGCAUGAAUUACAUAGUAAGAAGUCAUACAAACCAUUUAGUAAUCACAGUUUUCUAAAGUUCUUGGAUAAAUUGAAGAAUCAGGUGAAUGAAAUAUGGAAGACUGUGUUUUGUCAUUUGCCUUCUUCAAAUGUUAAUGAAUUGUUCAAAGAACAUUUGAUUAUUCGAGACUUUUUAUUGCAAAUCGAAAGGAUGCAAAAUACUUUAUCACGUAAAACAGGAAGUGAUCUGCCAUAUGUGGAACAGCGUAACGCAGCUUUAUCUGAAUUUUUGGAGUGGGCUAGUAAAGUCGGUAUUGUCCAUCAUUUAGUAAAAAUCACGUACGUAGAAGAAAUAGAUGGUUUUGGGUUGUCGAGCUCGGAUUUUGUAACCAUUGGAUCAGAAUUGUUGAAAGUUCCACGAAAAGCAAUUUUAUCUUGGGAUCAAGCUCGCAAAUCGUAUUUCUUAAAAAGCAAUUUAAUAUUUCAGUAUUUACGCCCAUCACCGUUAUUUGAGGAGGCUUUAUUGUUAUACAGGAAUAUUGCGAGACAAUUUACUCAUUUUUUGCUAGAAAUAAUUUAUAGUGAUGAAUUUCGUCAUGAAAGAAAGAAAUCAAGAGAAGAGUCGAAAAUGGAACCCAUAUUUGCUGAUUCUCCGCUUACAGCAGUGAAUUUCAAAUUCGAUUUAUAUAGGUGGUCUGUCGCCUGCAUAUCAACACGUAUCAACAUGAUCCCAAGUGCAGUAUACAAAAGUGACAUGGGUCAGCCACGUAUGGUUUGUCUUUAUAAAAAUUUUACCCUUUUUCCGGUUCCUGCAUUGAUACCGUUUCUCGAUAUGGCCAAUCACAGUUAUACUGAUGAAGAUUUUUAUGAGGCAGUACAUUUUUCGGAUGAAACAGACUGUGCCGUAAUCAUUGCCCUUCGUAAUUAUGAGCCAUCAGAAUUAGUAAAUAUUUUUUACGGUUGGCGAAAUAAUCGCGAUUUUUUGCUGCAUAAUGGGUUUGUACCUAUGGAGAAUAUUCGCGACACUUAUAAGUUGAAAAUUGGACUUCCAAAGUCAAAACGGGAAAGUGAGCGUAUGGAUUUAUUUCAUUCUCUUGGUUUUGUUUUGGAUUCGACCAUUUUUACUUUCGAAGUGAAAGCAUUUGAACCAUACUUCCACCGAUCAUUAUUUGAAUUUGUUCAGAUAUAUGUUUUGGACGAAAUUCCAUCAAAUUCGGAAGAAAUAAAGAAAUUUUUAAAUUCUUCUAAUAAUAUACGAAAGGCUUGGAACUUUCUUCAUGAUCGUUUCUCACUUCUCUGUGCAUCAUAUGGCGAAGUAAGCAGUCUGGUUUGUACAGUGCAUCAGAAUUCAUCUGAAUGUUCGAAAUCUAUAGAUUGUUCCAGGAAGUCCAUGAUUGCUACUUUAAAAUCAUCAGAAAUCAAGAUUUUGCGAAAAGCUGAAAUUUUCUGUGGUGAACAGCUGUUAAAAAUGACGUGA